AUGCCUUCUUUCACCGUCUACAAGGGCUCCAAGGAGAGCAAGAUUGUCAAGUCGCAAACCACCAAGCCCGACCUCGAGAACGACCAGGUUCUCAUCAAAGUAACCGCCUCCGGUCUCUGCGGAACCGAUGAGCACUACAAGGGAGCCGACAUGGCCCUCGGCCACGAGGGUGUCGGUGUUGUCGAAGAGCUUGGACCCAACGUGCAGGACCUGAAGAAGGGCGACCGCGUCGGAUGGGGUUACGAGCAUAACUCCUGCGGCCGCUGCGACAAGUGCCUCACAGGCCAGGAAACCUACUGCAGCGAGCGCCAAAUGUACGGCAUGGCCAACCUCGACCAGGGCAGCUUUGCUUCCCACUCCGUCCAACGCGAGGCCUUCGUCUUCAAGGUUCCCGAUGAGCUCACCGACGCCGAAGCCGCACCCCUGAUGUGCGGUGGAGCUACCGUCUUCAACGCCCUGCACACCUACAACGUCAAGCCCACCGACCGCGUCGGUGUCAUGGGUGUUGGCGGUCUCGGCCACUUGGCCAUCCAGUACGCCGCCAAGAUGGGCUGCGAUGUCGUUGUCUUCUCCGGAUCCGAGAGCAAGAAGGACGAGGCCAUGAAGCUCGGCGCAAAGGAGUUCAUCGCCAUGAAGGGCAAGUCUGAGAUCAGCGUCAGCCGCCCUGUUGACGCUCUCCUUGUCACCACUUCCGUCAUGCCCGACUGGAAGCUCAUGCUCCCUGUUCUCAACAACAACGCCAUCAUCUUCCCCAUGACCGUUUCCGAUGACGACUUUGCUAUCAACCACAUGGCUCUUAUCGCCAAGGGUAUCACUGUUCAGGGCUCUGUUGUUGCCGCCCGCGCUGUUCACCGCAGCAUGUUGGCUUUCUCCGCUCUACACGGUAUUAAGCCUAUCACCAUGGAGUUCCCGCUUACUGAGAGUGGUAUCGAGGAGGCAAUGGCCACCCUCAGGGAUGGAAAGAUGAGGUACCGUGGUGUACUCAAGCCCCAGUAG